CGCCGGCGGGACGCCCGGGGCGGCGCGCGCAGGAGGAAGCGCGCCUGGCCGCGGCCCCGGGAACUGCCCAGACGCCCGAGUCGGGAACGCGAGCCGCCGCGUCCCCAUUUGCCAGGUGUGCGGGGUUGGAGACGCAGUCCCGGGCCGCGGCUGCCGUGCGCCGGCCGGGCUUUUCCUCCCGCUCACCCCGCCCGGCUUCCCGGCGCCCGGGGCCGCUCCGCCAGCCGCCCGGCUCCGGCUCGCCGCGCCCCCUCCCCGGCCGGCCGUGAGCUGAUGUCCUGAGCUCGCCGCCCGCGGGCUCUGCGCCCGGCCGGGGGCUGCCCGGGAAGUUGGGGCGAGGCGCGCCGGGUAUGCGCCAUCACCAUGUCCAGCCUGGGCUCGUGGCUCGGAGAGGUCCAGUGGCUGGUCUUGGUGGGGCUCUUCGUCGUGGCGCUGGGCACGGUGGGCCUGUACCUGGCGCAAUGGGCGCUGGCCAGCGCGCGACCCCGCUCUCCGAGGCGGGCGGCGGAGCCUGGCGAGGGCCAGCGCCCCGAGUCGGAUGCGCUGCUCGCCUGGAUCCUGACGCUGAACAGCUGGAGGAGCCAGUGGCAGGCCGCCUGGGUGACCGCCCUGAACGAUGAGGCCAAACGGAAAGGGGGGCCACUGAACCUCAGCUUCCAGGCAGACCCGCUGCAGCAGCCCCUGGAGCUGGCGGUGCAGGAAGUCUCCAGCGUGGCCAGGUCGGCCCAGGAGAAGGUGGUGUUUUGUCACGUGGUGGGCGAUUCCAUCCAGUUCCUGGUCAGUGCGGGGCCAGCCUCGGCUGGGGACGCGGGGCGCCCAGUGUACGGCGUGUGGCUCUCCCCGCUUCAUCUGCAGCUGGAGCUCCACAUGAAGGAGAAGCGAGAGGACAUUCAGAUCAAGUGGUCCUUCAUCAGCGCCCCAGAGAUGGCCGUCAGCAUCCAGCCCAAAGCCCCGGGGGAGGACCAGGCGGUUGGGACAGAUGCAGUAUCAGAAAGUCUCAAGGAUGCUUUGAAGCACCUGGUUAGUUCCGCCUCCCCGUCGGUGGUUCUGAGCACCAAGCCUGCGGAUGUGAGGGAAAUUCAGCAUCCACAGCGCACCCCGUCUACUCAGGAAUCCUGCCCUCCCAAACCUCCAAGGGCUCACGAGCUCAAACUCUUGGUCAGGAACAUCCGAGCCUCCCUGCUGAGCCGUCCUGGUGCUUCAGGCAGCAUUCGCCCGGUGUGCAUAGUUCAGCUGAACGACCCCGCUCAGAAGUUCUCCAGCGCCCUCUGCAGAACCACCACGACCCUCACCUGGGAUGAAGAAUUCGCCUUUGAAUUGAACGCCAAGUCGAGGGAAUUGCACCUGCAGAUUUCAGAGGAUGGGCCGUCCUCAGAAGGCAGGUGUUCAACAGGUCUGUUGGCGAUGACGACUGUGCCCUUGGAUUUAUUUAAGAAGCAGCCUUCUGGGCCACAAAGCUUUACGCUGACCAGUGGGUCCUCCUGGGGCAGCUCGGCCCUGGGUUCGGUCACGGCAGAGUUCUCUUACGUAGAACCCAGCGAGGCCAAGUCCUGGCAAAUCCCCCCUCCUGUUCCUGCUGCAAAGAUAGAGAAAGACCGCACGGUGAUGCCGUGCGGGACCGUGGUCACCACUGUCACUGCUGUGAAAACCAAGCCUCGCUUUGAUGCGGGGAGAGCGACCCCGCCCAGCUCUGAGUCUCCCCUGAGGACGCCCGUCAAGGUGAAGGUCGUUGAGAAGGACAUCUCUGUCCAGGCCAUCGCCUGCCACGGCGCCCCCGUCAGCAAGACCUUCUCUUCCUCAGAUACAGAACUGCUGGUGCUGAACGGCACCGAUCUGGUGGCCGAAGUCGCCAUCCGCCAGCUCAGCGAGUCCUCGAAGCUGAAGCGCAAGUCCCCGCGGAAGAAGAGCACGAUCAUCAUAUCCGGCGUCUCCAAGACCUCACUAUCUCAGGACAAUGACGCCGCCCUGAUGCUGGACUACGCGGCCUCCAUGGACAGUGCCCGCCAGGAGGACACCCUGGACCAGCCGGGUGCGGCGGCUGCGGCCUCGGACCCGCCCGCGGAGGAGGAGGAGGGGGCGGCAGUGGCGGCGGCCUCGGCCGGGGCCCCCCCGGCCCUGGAGCCCCAGGAGAGCGAGCUGGACUGCUGGGACUUGGAGAAGGAGCCCCAGGCCGGGGCGUGGGGUGGCCAGGGCCCCCCGGACCUUGAUGGGGACGAGCUCUCGGAGAGCUCCCUGAGCGUGUCGGAGCUGGAGCCGAGCGCUGCCAAGAAGCAUAAAGGAGGGAUUUUAAGGAAAGGCGCGAAGCUCUUCUUCCGCCGGCGGCAUCAGCAGAAAGACCCCGGCCUGAGCCAGUCUCACAACGACCUCGUGUUCCUGCAGCAGCCUGAGGGGGGGCGGAGGAAGGGGGCGACGCUCGCCCGGAUCCUGAACAGGAAGCUGCUCUCCAGGCACCGGGGCCAGAGCACCGUGAACGGCGCGCCUGAGGACCCCGGCCCGUAGGCGGCAGCGCCCCCUUCCCUGCGAUGCUGCAGACAGGACCCACCAGGAGCACCUGCCAGGAUGCCGCCAGAGGGCCAGCCAGCUGUCGGACUGACGGACGGACGGACGGACAGCCGCCCUGUCUAGCUGGAUAGUUUCCAACAAUUUUCCCUCUUUUAAAGGGAAAAAAAAAAAAAAAUCUGAGCCUCCAGCUGGGAGGUUGUCCCCAGGGAGACCGACAGAGCCCAGUGUGCCACCAGGAGCCACGAGAGCUGAGGGCUCCAUGGCGUGGGCUGUGCUCACAUCUAAGGGUCCAGGUCAAACAGGUGAAGGAUAUUUACAGUGUGAACUCCAGAGGCUCACAUCGGGGCUGGGGACCGGCAGGUCCUGCACGCUCCAACAGGUGUCACUUUGCGUCCAUGCCUGGACCGCGUCGCAAAGAGGAGGGUCCCUCUGUGCUGUCACUGUGGACGGAAUGGACGGGUCAGCUCUCCUCACUGGCCGCUCAGAAUAGAAAGUGCAGCCAGCCCUGAGGACUGAGAGGCGGGACAGAGGCAGGGUAUUUGGUAAACAGAGAAAUGACAAGAUAGGAAUGAAAACACUGCGACCAAUGUAGGAAGACAUUGGCCUUUGAUCGUAGCCAUAUAACUUGAAAAAUUAUGCAACUGCUGAAUAUAUCCUAUGCACAUCCUCUGCCCGACACCUUUCCAGGUUUCCUUUGAGCCUCUUUGCAAGUGGGAGAUAUAUCAAUUCUUAUGUGGCUUUCA